UAUUCUAUGAGUUUAUAUUGGAGAAUGACAAGUAUGAAAAGUUGUCAAAAGAAGUGUACUGAUUUGUAAGAUAAAUACCUAACGAAGUAAAAUGUAGAAAAAUUCAUGAGAACAGCUAAAGAUACAGAGUACUGCCUGACAGUACACAGAUUUACAAGCCAUGGCAGGAGUGAAUCAGUCUCAAAGAGAUGUGUUUCAAAGCUGGAAUGUUAUUCAGUUGGCUGCCGUCACAUAAGGAAGUUCGGUCAUACAGAGUGCACUUCCUGUUGUGAAGGGAUGAUCUGCAAUAUCGAUGUGCCAACAAAUCACACAAAUGCUGUGCUUGUGGUUAAACGGCUCCACAGGUUCCCUUCAUCUGCCAGCAAUAGGGUGUUGAACAUAAGCUGGAUCACACUAGCACUGCUAGUUGUUGUUUUGGUAUGGUAAACAGCAAGCAACGUCAAGUGAAGUUUUUUUUUAAUGCACAUCAGCUAUUUUGAUUGAUUCCACCUUUGAGUUUGGAAAAAUGAGUCUCAUCUUCAAAAUAGUCCCAAAUAUUUGCACCGAUGAAUAAGAGGUGCAUGCUGUCAACUUGUGCACUGACAUUACAAAGACUGGAUUGUGAUUUGUUCUGAUGUGAGAAACUGCUGUUGGAAUAUACCUUAGAUCAAACAAUCAAAUGAGGAAGGUCAUGGGACAUCUAACACAAGGAUAAAUACAGAUUUCCUUUUGUAAAAUUUAAAUUUUUUUUUUGUCCUGCCUUAUCUUCGUCUCCUGGACGUACUUAUCAAUUUGCAAGGGGUACCAUCAUGGACACUAUAUGCUUUCAGUCGUCCUUGGCAACAGGGUCAUAAUUCAAGUGCAAACCUUGCUAGUACAUAUCUGCAAGCUAUUCAGUUGUGGACAAUCAACAAUCCUUCUUAUCUGAUGUUCACACACUUCCAGCAGAGUUAAUAUGGAGUAGUAAUAUGGAGCAGAAAUUGUUACCAAUGUGUUUUUUCCCCCAUUCUUAAUUCUUAUGUGCUGAGUGCAAUUACAUCUUCCUCUAAAUGUAGCCCAGGAAACCUCAGGAAAACUUAAUAUUAAACUUGAAAUCAUCCUAUUCUGGUUGAAUUUGUUGCUUGCUGGAUAAAAUCAGAGGAGUAGAAUUACUGGUUUUCCAUCGUACCUAUCUGACAUGUUGUACAAAUUUCUCAAAACUGAUCACAGUACUGUCCGCCAGCCCCAAUGUCCAUGUCCAACUACUAUUUGUGACUUUAGACUAAUUCCAUGAUGAUUGUGUGGCAGAUGGCGGUUUUGGAAAGUAAACUUGUACACAGGUAAAAUUUAUUUCACAAUCAGGCUGAAAAAAAUACAGAAACUAUAAGCCAUAAAAAGCAUUAAACAAUAGCAUUUGUAACUAUUUAACUAUAUGACUAAUUUGUUGGGGUAAUAUGCAAUGGUUGAAGCUAGACUUAAAAAUAUUUUUAAGCAAUAUGAGAGCACUGGAUCAUGAUGUCCUGUUCCUUUAUGAUCAAAAGAUUAAAUUGUAAUCGUGGAUAA